CAGGCGUUUAAGUCAGGAGCGACCUGUGCACGCGCUGUUUGAAUGUCUUGAACAGUGUUAGCUUAAUAUGACAGAGGAGUUAGCUAGCUCUGCAGCUAGGUAGGUAACGCUACUGAUAGCAGCAUCUCAGCCGCUGCUUUUUCCACUACACACCGCUAGUUUUUCGGCUUCAAUAUACCUCAGACCGGUUAACCCGCACUGUACAACUGAUUUAAAAUAGAUUUCAACACAGCUUUUGUCUGUUUGAGUAGCUACAUGUUUGUUUAGCUGGUGUGACAGUCAGUAUAACGUUAGCUGGUGGAUUUCAAGACUCCAGGUCGAGACAGGAAAUGUUUUCUCUGGCACACGGACCUUUUAAACCAGCCAUCGAUUAUUAAUGUUGCAGAUCGGUCAAAGUCUGUGUAGGAGUUAGUUGGAGCGACGAGGUGCGUCAUUGAAACUUCUCGUUACUCAAACAGAGAUGGUUUUAUGGAUGUCUGAAGCAGGAGAAUGAGUGCGAGCCUGCCAGUGAGAGGAUGCCACCGUCUUUCACAGAAGAUUACGCCGCAUAACAUAUCAAUUAGCUGACCAACAUCUGCUGGGGAGGACUGGGAAGCCCACAGCCGGUGCAUGCGAGAUACAACUGCCCUCGGCUUUAUCAGCAAGUCUUGUCCAGCUUUUCAGUCCAAUGGUUGUGAAUGGGGUCAACAUGCUGUCCCAGCUCGGAGACGUGGCACUGGCAGGUCCCGGAGGAGCAGGGCUGCCCGCCGUGUCCUUCACCAACACAUCGGCGUCCUCCAGCCCGACCCCAGCUACUGAUACCCGGGGAUGCGAGAAUGGCGCCUUGAUGGAUUCGUUUGGGAUUUUCCUGCAAGGACUUCUGGCUGUGGUGGCUUUCAGCACGCUGAUGUUGAAGCGCUUCAGGGAGCCCAAACAUGAGAGGAGACCCUGGAGAAUCUGGUUCUUGGACACCUCAAAACAGGCAAUUGGGAUGCUGUUUAUCCACUUUGCUAAUGUCUACCUGUCAGAUCUCACAGAGGAGGAUCCCUGCUCACUAUACCUCAUUAACUUCCUAUUGGAUGCGUCUCUGGGCAUGUUACUCAUCUAUGCCGGCGUGAGAGCAGUCAGCGCUAUUGUCGAGUGGAGGCAGUGGGACUCUCUUCGUUUUGGAGAAUACGGAGAGCCAGUGCAGUGCACAGCAUGGUUGGGCCAGUGUAUCCUCUACAUCCUCAUCAUGAUGUUUGAGAAAGUCCUUAUCAUGCUGGUCCUCCUCAUCCCCCAGUGGAAGAAGCUGGCUCUCCUCAACCCCAUAAAGAAUCCUGACCUGGAAUUGGCCAUCGUCAUGCUCAUCGUUCCGUUCUUCAUCAACGCCCUUAUGUUCUGGGUGGUUGAUAAUUUUCUAAUGAAGAAGCACAGGACAAAAGCAAAGCUAGAGGAGAGAGAGGAAGACUCGAGGGGGAACAGCAAGGUGCGCUACAGACGAGCUCUGUCUCAUGACGACUCAGAGUCAGAGAUUCUUUUCUCAGCAGACGAUGAAAUGGAUGAGUCGGAUGAAGACGACGUACGGCGACUCACUGGUCUGAAGACGGUGAAGAAGAAGAAACUUCGCAUGGGGAUCCCUCCGGGUGAGGUGAAGAAGAAGAAGCGUCCACCAAUGAAGGAGGAGGACCUGAAAGGAGCUCGCAGUAAACUGGGUCUGAAGGGCGAGGUCAAGAGUAAGACCUAUGAGGUCAUGGUGGAGUGUGAACGUAUGGGCAAAGUGGCUCCGUCUGUUUUCAGCAAUGUGAGGUCGGGGACAGAGACAAGCCUGGAGAAGCCUGCUGCCAAAGCUCCUGGUGCCAGUGUGUUUGGCAAAUAGACAAUACACUGCUGCAUAAACCCAACAGUAUUGAUGAAACACACACUAUAGUCUUUAAGUUUGUGAGUCACUGAUGUUGAGUAAUAUGAACUGCAAGUUAAUGAAAUUAAAAGAGGUUAAGGUUAGUGUGUGUAGGCUGUGUUGAUUUUGCUAAGUAUGUAAACAGAUAUUGUACUUUGAACAGUGCAUCAGCCUUGUAGGAUGGCUUUGGUUUGGAUAAAUGUAGAUUGUAAAUGGGUUGUGAUUUUUAUCAGUUUUGACUAAGGUUGUUAAAAUAUUUGCUUAUUUGUCCAUUUAUUUACGUGACCAAUUUUCCUGAUUAAAAUGUUUUCCUCUGUAUAGAGA